AUGAAGCUCAGCGCUGUGAUGAAGUAUUACCACCUGCUCUUUGUGUUUCUGGAAUGUCCACCCAGCAAGACCGACAUCCGUAUUCUCACAAAGUUUCCUAUCCCUCAUCUGCUUCAGGGAGAGAACGCGUCGCCCGUCAGCCGAGUUUCGGUUGGUGCCGAGGCAGACGUGGCCUUCUCCAGCACUGUGGUGGACACUCGCUGCGGCAUACUCUGGCUGCGGCCAGCGGCGCUGCAGAGGUUCUGCAAGCCACGCUUCAUGCUGGGCAACAUGUGCGCCAUCACGUUCACGCACAGCUUUCUCACCAACGGCUGCAUUAACGUGGUGCUGCCCACGCUCGAGCGUCGCUUCCAGCUACGCAGCUUCGAGAGCGCCAUGAUCAUCAGCGCGUACAACGUGGCCAACUGCAUCGCCAUCGCACCCGUCGCCUUCAUGGGCACCAGCCGCAACAAGCCGGUGUUCAUCGGCGUCGGCGUCCUGACUGUAGGCGUGGGCGCCCUCCUCUUCAGCUCGGUCCACUUCAUCGCGCCCGCGUACGAGUGGGGUUCCGAGCUGCAGGAUCUCUGUCCGGCGGGUGAACUUCCGAAUGACCUCUGCCUCAGCGGGGAUGUGCGCAACUACCGGUUUCUGCUCAUGCUGGCGAACGCUAUGCAUGGCAUCGGCUCGACCCCCUUUUACACGCUGGGUGUCUCGUACCUGGACGAGAACGUGCCCACCCGCAUGGUAUCUACGUACCUCGGCUACUAUGGUUUGUUUGAAGAGAAGAAGAAGGAGAGUCGUUUAGGAAAGCACGUCAUGAAAGACGCGUCAAUAAGAGAGCUGCCCGGAGCUAUCUGUGGAAUCCUGAGCAACGUCACUUUCUUAUCUCUGGCGUUGGCCGGGACCGCGGACUACAUGCUCACCAACGCAGUGACACAGAUUUCGACGAAGUUCUUUGAGUCUCAAUUCGCCAUUAGUUCGUCAAAAGCUGCGGCUGUCUUGGGUACCAUCGCCAUCGCCGGAGGAUGUGGUGGCACGUUCCUGGGCGGGCACAUGGUGACGCGCCUAAACAUGUCCUGCGAAAGUAUCAUCAAGAUGUGCCUCAUAGUCAGCAUUGUGCCCUGGAUGUGCAUUUUCAUUUUCCGAAGCUACUGCUCUGACCCCAUCUUUGCCGUCAACAUCCCAGAAAUGCUGAAUGGCUCGGACCCUUUCGUGUUUCCCUGCAACGAGCACUGCAGCUGCCACAACAGCGCCUACAACCCAAUCUGUUCGGUGGACGGACUGUUCUUCUCCCCCUGUUUGGCCGGUUGUGAAACGCGCUUGGCAAAAGGAGGAGCGAGGGUGUACACCAACUGCAGCUGCAUAACGCAACACGUACCGGAGGAGCUGCCCAACGGUACUUUCUUCAACGUGCAAGGUCGCCGCCAGAAGUGCAAUACGGGCUGCACGCUUCUUCCUUACUUCACGGCUGGGCUAUUCCUGGCGCUCUUUUCAAACUUCCUCAAUUUGGCACCCCUUGCCAGCGCUUUGCUAAGGGUGGUCACUCCUAAGGAGCGCUCAUUAGCUUUGGCCGUGAAGUGGAUCAUAGUGCGCAUCUUCGCGUCUAUUCCGGGACCGCUGCUGUUUGGGCACGUGAUCGACCGCAGCUGCCUGGUUUGGCAGUCGAUCUGCGGCCGCAGCGGUUCCUGUCUUUACUACAACAACAAGCUGCUGGCGCACAACCUGUUCUACGUGCUCAUUCUACUUAAGACGCUCUCCAUCUUCCUCUACGGACUCUCGUGGAUCAAGUACCGUGAGAACUUCCGCUCCGGUCGAAGCGGAUGGCGAGCCGCUUGA